AUGACUGCACCUUCUUCUGCCGCCAAGAACCGCCGCUUCAGUCUGGACCAGACGGUCCCGUCCGGGAUCUACUGCGAGGGAUAUGCGCGCAUCAAAAGCCGCAACGUGUUGUCCUGGAACACACGCUUCCUCGUGCUCAGCAACACAGAACUGCUUGUGUUCCAUAAUAAGCAGGACGCCAGCUACCGCCGCAACGUUGUGGAAACACAAGAGCUUGCUAGUGGCCGGGUUGCGUCCAAGAACGACUUUGGAAUCGAGUUCACCCUCAUGGACGGACGCGAACUGCUUGCCCGCGUGUUCAGCCGCGCUGAUCAGGCACAGUGGGUCUCUGCCUUCUAUCAGUUGGCUAUGCGCAGCGACGUGCGCCGUGUCAAGAGCGCCUCAAUGGAGGACCAGGGCGACUCGGCUGCUAUCGAGAAGCGCCGCGUCUCAUUCUUCGGCAGUGUACUAGUUCGCACCAUCCCAACGGUUCCGGAUGACCAGGUGCCGGAGCUAUUCUACAGCAAGAAAGAUAUGGAGAAGUUCUCGGAGCAGGCCUCAAGUUUGCGUAGUCGCACGGGGGACGCUGUGUCGCUCGUAUUCAGGAAGCCCACGUUGCCCUGGCGCCGACAGCUUUUGUGAGGAGUCAAGUAUCAGGCAUUUUAUGUCUGAGAUCUCUUAUUUAUAAACAACCUCGUUUCGUUGGGGAGAGCGUCGAUGUACCGUGUGGUAAAAGUUGACGAGCCCUGCGUGUUAGGAAUAUAAGACCAUUACGUAAUGAACCGAUUGAUGCUCGCUUUC